CUAGAAAGUUUGCUGGAAAACAGCUCUAGCGUCACUAUUUUACUACAAAGUGGAACCACUGACGGCAAACAGUAGAUUUUCAGACACGUUUAUGUUGUGCAUUCUCGAUAUAUCCGAAGCUGUCAGGGUUCAGAGGAAAGGUAAGGUAAUACGGGGUAACUCCGAUCACGGGGUAACUCCGAUCACGUGACAGUAAACCGCUCAGCGUUGUUGAUGAGAAAACCGUACGCCUUUCCCAUUACAGCACGUAAGUAGACGACCCUUCGUGGUUUUAGCAGGCAGUGACAUAACCACUAAGUCCUUGCCGUUGUGUCUCAAACGGCUUGUUUGUUGUGAGAACGACCUAGGUAGCGGAACUUGCGGUCCAAAAACUUUCUUGUUAGAGACAAUCCAAAAGACUAAAUGCUAUUUUGUGCAACCCACUCUACCACUAAAUACGUUGAUGCAGACGAAACGCACCGUUGCCCUUCCUUUAGAGUCCAAAAUUCGAUCACAUUGUCACAGUCGUAGACUUACUUCGCUUGCGUUCUGAUCUGCUUUAUUCGUUUACUUUGCAAUAAUGGUACGACAUUAUCAACCUAAAGGAAUUAAGAACAAGUUCUCUGACGAAGCCCUGAGAAAGGCACUGCAAGAUCUUGCUGAAAACCAGGACAGCAUAAGGAAGACGGCAGCUGUGUACGGCAUUCCCUACUCAACCCUUCGCGAUCAUCACAAGGGAGUCAGUAAAACGCGAUACGGUGGACGGCCAACAGUCUUGACUUACCAGGAAGAGAGAGAAAUAGUGCAAUGUUGCAUUGUGCUGCAAGAGAUGGGGUUUCCCCUUGAUAGAUCAAGUCUCAGCAACGUCAUCUCAGAUUACCUUAGAGCAAAUGCUAGAGAAAAUCCUUUUCCUGAUGAUUUACCUGGUCCUGACUGGUUUGUUGGCUUCUUUAAGCGAUGGAAGAGUGCACUGAGUCAAAGGAAACCACAACAUCUGUCAAAGAAACGUGCUAAGGCAUUGACCAAAGAGAGAAUUGAGGGUUGGAUGGAAUUUGUCAAGAAGAUCUACAGGAAGGCUGGGUUGUUUAAACUGAGUAAGAAAGAGCUGUCCAAAAGAAUUUGGAACUGUGAUGAAACCGCUUUUGCUACAGCCUCCUCAUCUAGAAUGGUCCUAACUAGGAGAGGAGCUAAGUAUGUAUAUGAGACCAUGGCAGGGAGUGGAGGUGAACACAUUACUGUCCAUUGGGGUGGAAAUGCCAAUGGAGACAAAAUCCCUCCCUAUGUUCUAUAUAAAGCUCAGCACAUGUAUCAUACCAGGACCCUUAGUGGCCCUACUGAAGCAAUGUAUGGAGUAUCAGCCAGCGGGUGGAUGGAAAAACAAAACUUUUACAGCUGGUUUGUAAAAGGCUUCAUACCAGUGCUCAAGAAGAUGAAACUGAUUGCAGAAAAUGAAGAGCCAUCUACUACACUGACGACAACAGAACCAAGUCUUGUCAGUGACAGUAGUGAUGACUCAGACUUCACAGAUGAUACUAGCCCCAGCGUGAUCUUGUUUUUCGAUGGACACUAUUCACACAUCAACUUGGAUGUCAUCAAUGUGGCAAGAAAAUACAACAUCAUUCUCGUAACCCUGCCUCCAAAUACCACGCACGCAUUAUAACCUCUGGAUGUAGGCGUGUUUGCUCCCAUGAAGAAAAAUUGGCAGAAAAUUCUGACCGACUACAAACGAAGAACAAGGGACAAGGUGUCCGUAAAACAAUUUUUCCCAAAUUACUAAAACAGCUGACAGACACAUCCAUGAAACCACACCAAUUUCAAGGUACAUUUCGAGGAGCUGGUUUAUAUCCAAAGCCAUCAGCUACAGCCAUUCCUCAAGCAAAAAUUAGUCCAGCAGAUGCUGUUACUACACGAACACCAUGCAAGAGCCCUCGUUCUCCGACAGCAGCUACCACUCCUGCAAUCAAACUUCAGCUUAGACACCACUUCUCCAAGUUGUUCCAGAAAACAAGAACGCCUAUUCCACCACCACGGCCAAAGCCAUCUGCUCGUGUAGACUUGGCAUACUAUGGAGAAGUCAUAACAAGUCAUGAGGCCUACUCUAGAAUAAAAGCACAAGAUGAAAGAAAACAGCAAAGACUGGCAAAAGCAAAAAAGGAAAGCAACCUGCACGCCAAGGCAAACGAAAAACUGCAGUAACAGAAGAAAGAGAUGAAAACAAGUGCCAGGGAUGCGGAGGACUGUUCGACAACGACAGCAAUGAAAAGCAAGAAGAUUGGGUGGGUUGUGAACACUGUUGGCGGUGGUAUCACUACGAUUGUGCUGGGCUUUCAGAGCUUCCAGAAGACGAGGACCCUUGGACAUGCUCCAAAUGCAGCUAAAUGUACAUAUAUCAGAAUCAAUCAGAGUAAGGCUAGCGCGAGUAGAUGCACUGUACGUAGCACGUCCACACGUUACCCUGCACAUAGCUACUAGCUCAGUUUCUGAUUAAGAGUGUUCAGUAUAACUAUUAAAUCAUAAUCAUGUAACCAAC